AUGGCGACCAACGGUGAGACCAAAGCUCCGUCGUCCGGCAGCUUAGUUGAUGCGUCCGGGUACAAGUUCUCCGAGACAGACACCAAGCUUGGCAAGAUUAAGUUGAAGAAGUCGGUUAAGUUGGGCAAGAAGAAAGGUGAUGAUGCGCCCGACUCCCCCGGUUCAUCACCUAUUCUCCCUGAGAUCGACGAGAAGACUAUGGUCGCUUUCCCUACGGGCAAACCACGAGAAGAGGAUCACUUAGAAACUGUCAUAUGUAAGACUUGCAAGAGGCCGGUCCUCAAGCAGAAUGCCGUGGAGCAUAUUCGGGGUUGUAUUCGAGCGAAGCAGGAGAAGGCGAGGCGAAAGAAGGAGGCGCGUGAUGCGGCUAACCGGGCUAAGGCGGGUGAUAAGGAUGGUGACGAGGAUGCCGCGGGCGGCGAUGGUGAUGAUUCCAUGAAGGGCCAGAAGAGUGCUAAGAAGAGCGCCGUUAAGGGAAUGGCGGAGGAUGGAACGAAGAAGGGGAAGAAGCGCAAGACGGAGGGAGAAGACGAUAAGGAUAAGGAGCCUAAGAAGAAGAAGAAAAAGGAGGAGCCCAAGCCCAAGGUUCCGAAGCCGAAAGGGCCCGUCGAUGUCGAGAAGCAGUGCGGUGUUACUCUACCGAAUGGUGCUCAGUGUGCGAGGUCUUUGACUUGUAAGAGUCAUUCCAUGGGCGCGAAGCGAGCAGUCCCUGGUCGUUCAUUGCCGUACGAUAUGUUGCUUCAGGCUUAUCAGAAGAAGAAUCAGGCUCGCCAGCAAAAGGCGGCAAUUGAUGCCAAUGCUCCUCUGCAGGACGAUAUGGAUAACAAUGGUCCUGUCGACUCGGAUGAAGAGAAAGAUGCUGUUAUGGCAGCUAUCACUCGCUCUCACCCGCAGCCCAUCAUCACUCAUACUCUGAUCUCGACUAAGAAAAAAUAUCAAUAUGUCCGCAUUAAAGAGAUGCUAUCCCACGCUCUGGGCGGUGCGCGCGGUGGCGGACUCUUUUCAACCGGCGAUAGCAAUACCAUCUCCAAUGACGGAAACCUCUUCGCUCCUAUGGACGACGUGGUCAUGACAUCUCCGGUCAUUACCAGUGCAGAUAACACAGCAGAUGUGGACAGUACGACUCCAGCACCAGCUGCGAAGAAACUUUCAAUAUCGGCGAGCUCCUAG